AUGCAGCUAUUCACGGUUCAGUGGGUGCUUAGUCACACACCGCCUUCCCGCGUGCCCCGUCACAAAAGGCUAGUCAACUCAGCCUUUCCCUCUGAUUCUUCCCUCAAACACCAGACCACCUUCGUCUUCCCCACACACGCUCUCGAUCGCUCAUCUUCCAGAGAUACUGAAUCUCCCCCCCUCGCUCUCUUUACCAACACCGAUUUCAAGAGUCGUUUACGACAAAAGGCCGAGUUUAUGUCCAUCGAAAACCUCAAGACCUUCGACCCCUUCGCCGAAGCUGACGAAGACACCGGCGAGACUAAACAGUCUCAGAAUUACAUCCAUAUCCGGAUUCAGCAGCGCAAUGGUCGUAAGACUCUGACCACUGUUCAGGGUCUUCCAAAGAAGUUUGACCAGAAGAAGAUUCUGAAGGUCAUCAAGAAGAAGUUCGCCUGCAAUGGCACCAUUGUUUCCGACACCGAGAUGGGUGAGGUGAUUCAGCUGCAAGGAGAUCAGCGUAAGGAUGUUCAGGAGUUCUUGACCGACAAGAAGGAAGGCCUCGAGCUUGAUGCCAAGACCAUCAAGGUCCACGGUUUCUAAACACAUCGCCAUGCCUUGUUCCGGUCCCUUC